AUGCGCCUUCACCAGUUGGACGAUGCUGGGCACUGUUCACGAGCAAGUGCGCUGCUUCCAGACGAUCCUUUUCCCCAAUUUGCUGAACAGCGUCGCAAAGUAUGUCAGCAGUUGCUUCAGCAGACAACUGGAAGUUUGUGCAAACAGUUAUCUUUGCUGUGGGGGUUGCAUGCCAUGACUGUAUUGUUGCAGUUUUGUGAUGUUUGGGGUUGUGACAGGAACAGGGUAAAAGAAUUUUUGUGCCCACAGGCAUUCCAACCACUUGUUAGUUGCCAUUGCAGCUGGUGUCCAGAGGGGAAUAUGAUGAUGUAUCCUUGCCCUUUUUUCAAUUGUACUGAACAAGGUACGCCACCCCAGCAGUAUUUGCUGGGGGACUUUCCAAGAAUUUCGAUAUCAUCUUUUGCAUCAUACCUUGGUCACAAAUCAUGCAGCAACAUCAGCUUCAGGGAAUGUGGGUUUGGGGUGGUGUUGUUUUGUCUCAUAUGUUUGUUGGAUCUAUGUGUUCUAUGUCUGAGCCUGGUGCCUGGUGUCGUGAGGAACCACUUAUUUCACAUUGGCAGAUUGAGACCCUUGCAUCUUGUCCACAGGGACAAAACAAAAGCCAGUCUGUGGUUACUAGGCAUGCAGAGUGCAGCAAUGGGCAAGCAUCAACAAAUGGUCAUACUAUUAUUUGCAACAGCACGGGCUUUGCCAGGACUAAAGGUGACAGCAUAG